UAUAAGACCAAUGGCCCUCAGAUGACCUAAACGUUUGCCUCAUUCUUGAAAUGAAUAUAUGUUCACACGAUGACUUUUACAUUUACUCACUUGAAAUUUAAACCCUGAAUAAAAUCAAAUUGCAAAAUGAAUGAAAAUUACACGGAUGUUAUAAAAGUACAUACUGAAAUGGGUUAUGCCACAGUAAAAUGUUCAUCGAUAACCACAGUCCAGGAAAUUGUUUCCGUGACAAUGAAGACAAUAUCUCUAUCUUCUUCUCCGCAACUUUAUGGAAUACAGUUAUUGAGGAAAUAUGACAACGAUAUAUCUUAUAGGCAUAUCUUGUGCCGACACCUUACAUUUACUGAAAUCCAGAACAUGUAUGACAUUGGUGAACUGAAACUCUCUAUAUAUCUUUUCCCAACAAAGUUUGAAGAGGCGGCAAGGAAUGAUAGGGCAACUUUAUUCUAUCUUCAUCAACAGACUAGAAAUAUAUAUUAUUCCAGCUUGAAAAAUAUUAAGGAUGUUGAAUUAGCAUUCGAAGUUGGCUGCUUGAAUAUAAGAAGUUUCGUAUCAUCUCCGAAACUGUCGGUGAAAGAAAUAAUUGAGACCGUAGAAAAAGUGAGAGAUGUGUCGACAUUUUUUCCUCCAUGUGUUUUACAAAACUACAAGGGGAGAGCUUUCAGAAAGGCCGUUCAAAACUACUUGGCAAAGAUUAUUCAUUAUUCGGAAGAGGACUGUGCUUUGGAUCUUCUGAACCGUUAUCUUGUUUUAUUACAAUUCGAUCGUGAUGUUUUCAAGUGUCGACUAGGGGCAGGAUGGGGUAUACCAGUGGAUUUAAUCAUUGGACCGCGUUUUCAGGUGUCUAUAAUUGUUGAAAACGGCCGUCAGCCCAGGCAUUUGGCCUAUUUCGCAAGUAUCCGACAGGUUCUUGUAUCUAAAGUUCAAAUCCAAGAAACAGAACGUUUCCAGGUGAAAAUUGGUAUAGAACAAUCAACGGACACCAGUACUGGUCAACUCGAUUUUAUAAAUUUCACCUUCUCAACCCCAGAGGAAGCAGAUACGGUUGUUCAUUUAUUAGAAGGUUAUUGUGGAGAAUCGUUAGAUGAUGUCUUGUCAAACGGUACAAUGGAUGCACUUAAUAGUCAUGGAUCAAAAUGGCAGUUGAAUUCAGUAGUUACUUGCAGUGAUUUUCUGCCCAAUGGUUGUCCAUUUAGACUCUGCAAGACAACCAAAUCACAAUUAAAAAAAUUCGAGGUGAACAGAAAUUUAGUGACACUUGAUAAAGUUCUUGGUGAAGGACAAUUUGGAGAUGUUUACAAGGGAUCAUAUCGUAGAAAAGCUAAUUUUGACACAUUACUUGUCGCAGUGAAGACAUGCAAAUUGGAUGCAUCCUUUGAAGAUAGGAAGCGAUUCUUAGAAGAAGCGUAUAUACUUGGAGAAUUCGACCAUCCGCAUAUCAUAAAAUUAUUUGGUGUGUGCUCAGAUGAACCCAUUUGGUUAAUUAUGGAGUAUGCUACACUGGGAGAACUCCGUCAUUACUUGAUAUCGAAAAGAAAAGAAUUGGAAACGGCUCAGCUGCUUAUUUAUUCAUAUCAGAUUGUGACUGCACUAGCUUGCUUGGAGUCAAAAAGAUGUGUCCACAGAGAUAUAGCUGCAAGAAAUAUUCUAGUCUCUCGACCAGAUUGUGUGAAAUUAGCAGAUUUCGGUAUGGCACUAAUGUUGACUGACAAAAACGAAUAUCAAGCUGAACAGGGUCGAAAAAUGCCUAUCAAAUGGAUGGCCCCAGAAAGUUUGCAUCAGCGUCGAUUUAGCUCAGCAAGUGAUGUUUGGAUGUACGGUGUCUGUAUUUGGGAAAUACUGUCCAAAGGAGUCAAACCAUUUUCGAACUUAACUAAUGCCGAGGCCGUUGAACAAAUAGCUCGUGGUGUUCGACUAGAAAGACCAGACAAAUGUCCAAGUAGUCUAUACGAAAUACUCUUAGAAUGCUGGAAUUCUAAUCCAACACUUCGGCCAACAUUUUCGAUGCUUAAACCCAGACUGAGAGAAUUGGCUGCACAGUACAAAGUGUCGUCAGAACCAGUGUAUUUAAAUUGUGCUGCCUCUGAUAACCAAAACGGUCAGCCAAAUAAAACAUUUCAAAACCAACUUAAAAUCACUUUAGCACCUCCACAACCACCGAAGCAGUCCACAACCAAAACAUCAACAUCCUAUAUGAACCUACAGAGUCGGUGGGAUGAAGUCAGUAGGCUAAGUUGGAAUAAAAUUGAUAUUCCAAUUGGCAAACGCCUGCCAAGUGCUUCAGAGCAAUCAAACAGAAGUAACAGUAUUGCAUCCUCUUCAAGCUGUUGCUUAGACAUUGAUCUAAAUUCAAAUUUACAAGGAAAUACGUUAGUUAAUCAUGAAAUUAAAAGAACGAACUCCAUACGAAAUGCCUCCACUUCAACAGUGAAUUCAUCAAUCCUGGAUUCAACAAAAAGCACAGUAACACUGAGAAGAAAUUCACCUGAAAGCUUACUACGGAAAUCAUUCCCCAGUUCACCACUUUAUAAUAAUACAACAAAGAAUUAUGAUUUCGUAGCAGAUUCUCGCAAUACAAAUAAUCGUAGAAGUAAUAACUUCGAGACAAGACAUAAACCAGAAGUGAGAAGAAGGACUUCCCUUUUCCGAAAGACAAUGCCGCCAGCUUUGCCUACUCAAAUAUACGAGUUGAACAUUAACGCAAAUAAUCCUUCAACUUCUGUUCAGUCAAGAUAUCCCUCAGUAGAACAUUAUGAAUCACAGAGGACAUGUAAACCUCGAAGUUAUUCCUCAGAUGGUGUUCGACUAGCAAGUCGUCAGUUGACAAAUACACCUGUCUCACAGUCAAUAAUACAAAAUUCCUGCGAUCAAAAUGCGAAACUCUGUACGAGUUCUGAUAGUAAUCGUGUUAAUAACACCCUGAUUUAUUCACACACACCUCGUCAACAAUCACCCGUUAGACAAGGUGACAAUGCCUACACAGAUCCAGUAUUUUCAUCAACUGUACAAGUUGUGAAGACAGUUAGUUUAGUUAGCCAAAAGAUUGCAACAAGUCAACCAGAGAAAUAUAACGUCCUGAUAAAGACUAUUGGCACGGCAAUAAAAGAUUUGUUCGCGGCUAUUCAAACUGAAUUUGGUGAAAAUGUCGAUAGCGAAAUUCUUCUAGCUGAACGUCAAUUGAACUCUUCUAUGUAUUCUUUAAUAUCAACUACGAAAGACGCCAAAUUACAAAAUAACCGUGGCCCAUUGCUAGAAGAAUAUCGACGACACUUAAUGAGUUUAGCCUAUGCUAUAGCAGCUGAUGCACAUUCGUUAUACACAACUGUGUAUGAAUAUCGUACCAAGCACAACCGAAAUUAGUCAAAUAAUAUUAACAAUAUUCAUAAUAACACUCAUAGUAGAGUAGACAUUUUCCCUUUAUACGACUGCUUUUGGUAAAUAUGUAAUUUCAUACUAAUGAUUAUUCUUUUCGCUCUUAACAUUUUAGCUUGUGAUUAAAAACAGUGUUGGGGCUACUGUUUUCGAUUAUUAUAUUACUGAAAUCAGUAGGUUGUACAUUUGUAAAAAAAUGAAAUAAAAUUACUAGUAAUAAGC